UGUUGGCAUGACACUUGCGUGCCCUCCUCUCGUUAAUGAAUGAUUCCCAGAGGCGACCAAUUGUUUGCGAGGCAUGGCAGCAGAUGAAGGGAUGAGAUUGGUGUAACUUUUGGAUGACCCCCCCUCCUUGACAAAGACGAUCGCCAUCAAUUGUCCUCGCCCUGCUUUUAUAGCAGGGGGCUUCUUCUUUGUGGCUUUUCAACAGAGGGCCAGCUCGGUGGAGGCUUCACCAUCUUUCUAUUUGUCUUCUUUUUUUCGCAUUAAACUCCAGCUAUAAAGUGGUUUUGUUCUCUCCGGGGUGGACCCUUCCUUUCCAGACGUGCAAGCAGAUGUUUGAAGGUUUAUUUUUCCUGCAGGAGUCUAAUUAGGGGCAUAUUUGGAGAGGAUGAAAUUGCUCUUUACUUGUAUGUUUACCCGUGCGAGGAGCAGCGUCACCUCCAUUGGCCCGCACGGUCACAUGGUCCGCUAACUUUAUUCAGUUGACACCAAAGUAGGAGGGCUUUAUGGAGGGAGGAAAAAAGACAACUGGAGAAAAAUUAGUAUUUUCUACCUUCACAAAUUAAUGGCCAUGAGUUCGUAUAUGGUCAACUCCAAGUAUGUGGAUCCCAAAUUUCCUCCCUGCGAGGAAUAUUCGCAGAAUAACUACAUACCUGAGCAGGGUUCGGACUACUUCAACCCCUCGCAGGACACUGACUUUCAGCACCCGGCUAUCUACCCACGCGCCAACUACACGGAGCAAGCGUUUGGCUGCGAUGCGCUGCAACAAGACGCUCCGGUGCAGCCGCGUGGUCACGUCCAAGAGAGAGCCGGUCAUCCGAGCCCCUACGGCGCCCACGCAGAGCCGGGCGAACCGCUGCACGUGGCCGGAGCCAGGACGUGCGGGCAACCGGACGCAAAGAGCCCGAACGGGAUGCACGGCAAACAGCCGGCGGUGGUUUACCCCUGGAUGAAGAAAGUGCACGUCACCACUGUAAACCCGGAUUACACAGGGUCCGAACCCAAACGCUCGCGAACGGCUUACACCCGGCAGCAAGUUCUGGAGCUGGAGAAAGAGUUCCACUUUAAUCGCUACCUGACCAGAAGACGCCGCAUCGAGAUUGCGCACACGCUUUGUUUAUCCGAGAGGCAGAUAAAAAUUUGGUUCCAAAACAGGAGAAUGAAGUGGAAGAAGGACCACAAACUGCCCAACACCAAGGGCAGGUCGGUGCCGAACCACGGACACCUGCACAAGGACAACCACACUGACAUAACGUCUUUAUAAACAAAAACAAAACAAAACAAAAAAAAACAUGCAUCUGAUUAUUAUUAUUUGUAAUUUUUUUUUCUCUGCAUGGCCUGACCUCAUUUUUGGGUUUUUUUUUGUAAUAAUUUAAAUUUAAAACAAAAAUCAGUGUUGACCUGAGCCUUAGGUAUUAAAAAAAUACAACUCAAUCAGUAUUCUAACAGAGAGGUUCGACACCCAAUUCAACCAAACAACCACUUUUAGUGGAUUUCAGUGUCCUCUCGCGUGGAUUCACGCUGGCUUAAAGUCUUAAGGAGCUUUACUGAGCACAGAGAGGCCAUUCGUUUAAAUUCGAUUCGCUUCUCUCUCAGUAGACAAUUUACUUGAAUAAAAAAUGCAAGCAAGGCGACAAAGAAACUCUUAAAUAUUUUGCUCUUCUUCGUUAAGUGUUUGUUUUAACUUAUUUUGUACUAUAAAAAAACAUAUUUUCCUCAAACAUUCCUCAUACGAACAGCCAUUCUUUGUUGAUAUUUGUCUUCUUUGUCGCCAUUUUCUUAAAAAAAAUCUUCCUGCAUGGCUUUGAAUUUUUUUUUAAAUAUGCGAUUAUUUAGAAGAAUUUUUAUUUUAUUUAUUUGUUUAAAAAAAAGUGUACAUUUUUUUGUAUCGCGCGUGCACACGCACACGAUGAAAUGAAUGCUAUGUUCCCUUUGUGCAUGGCUUUAAGUUCACGUGAGAAUGUAUUUCGACUUCUUCAGUUACACAAAGCUUGAGGGGUUGAAAAGGGGUUACAAAAAAAACAAAAAACAAAAAAAAAGAGUUUUGGGGGAUAGUGUGUGGGGGUUUUGUUUUAAAACUCGUCAUUGUGAGAAGACAAGAGAAGGCCCAGAAGCUCUUGCAGCUCCUGGAGCUCUUGUCCAGGAGGUUUUUUGAGGCGAAGGUCGGUGGAAGGUUCAUCCAGGGGACACGAAGGAGCCGCGAGGGAUGACCCCGACACCCCUGACCCGGCCGGACAAGCUGCAUUUUCUCCCUUUUCGCCCUCAUCAACAACUCUGGGAAACAUUCAAAGCAAGUCGGUGCGUGACUUCUACAACCGAGUUCUUUCUAUACCCUUCCCCAAAAAAAGCCUCAGUAUCUGAUGUCCCGAUAUUGGCGUCGAUGUCUUUUACUGGUCUUAUUUUUGUACAUGCUUUCUACCUUGUAUUUGUGCAUCAGGAUGUGAGAAGUAUAUUGGAAACAAAUAAAGAUUUCUACUGAUUAUGCAUUUAAAUGAUGGCAGAAAAAGAAAAGUGUCUGAUUUCAAUUUCUUUUCACCCUCAAAUAAGAAAGUCAGCAAAGUAAUACAUUUUAAAAUGUGUUAGCGUGACUUGAAAUAAUAUUUGCAAGCGAGUUCUAUUAUUUUUAUUUUUGUUUUAUGUUGGCG